UCUCUCUCACUUGACAUAAGCUUAAGUUGAAACCCCAAAGCUAUACUAGAACCCAAACCAUGAAAACCUCUCUUUCAUUUUCUCUAAUCUUCCUCAUCACUCUUGCCUUUAACUCAAGGCCAUCCUCCGCCGCCGCCGUCAACCACACCGCCACCUCAGCGGAGACCGACUUCAUCCUCACCGGCUGCAAUACCUCUACAGUACUCUACCAGAAGUUAUGCCUAAAGUCGCUCUCCCCCUACGCUAGGGUCGUGAAUAAAAACACCACCAUGCUGGCUAGGGUCGCCAUUAUCAUCAGCCUGAAGAAAGCCAACUCCGUCGCCGCUUAUGUCGGAAACAACUCUCUCCAACACAAUUCCGAGAUCCUCAAAGAAUGCUCCGGCCAUCUGAAGGAUUCCCUGUACGAGAUACAGAGGUCGGUCAAGCAGAUGAAAGAGCUAGUCGGCGGCUCGGCGGCGAUGAUGGUGAACAACGUACAGACGUGGAUGAGUGCCGCCGAGACGGAUCAGGAUAAUUGUCUGGAUGGGACCCGCUCCUAUGCUAAAUUGCAGGCUCAGGUUAAAACUCUUAAGAUGUUCACUAGCAAUGCGCUUGCUUUGGUCAACGCCUACGCAGAAAAGAUUGCGAACCCAUGAAAAGAUUGACCCCUGCCUUAUUAAAGCCAUAAUUUUGAAUUUCAGUUUAUCAACGUUUAGUCGACAUUUUCAUUAAACACAUAAUUAUUUAUUUUGCGUGCUGAAGUCGGUAAUAAUCAAAUACGGAAUAAGCAAGAUUAGAAUUACUUUUCUGGCGAAAUUAACUGUAGUCA